AUGACAGAAAUAGAACCAUAUAAAGAUCCAAUAAUAUCAUUAAUAAAAGAUCCAAAUUUAAAUAAAGAUCAAAACAAAUCAUCACAAAUAAUUCAUUUAAUUCAAGAAAUAACUGAAAGAAAAUUAAAUAAAUUAUGUUCAUCAUCAUUUAUAAUAUUACAAACAUUAGAAAAUAUUCAAUUAAAAUUUAAAAGUUGGGAAUUUUUAUCAUUAGAUUAUAAUUCAGAUACUCAUUUUGAAAAUUUAAAUGAUAAUAUAAAAAUUUUUAAUACUGGAAUUGCUGAUAAAGUUAUGUCUGCUUGUAUUGAAUUAAAUCAUAAGAUGGUUAAAAUAUCAUCUGAUAUUGAUUUAAUUAGUAAAAGUUCUAAAAUUUUAUCUAUUAAAGAUUUAAUGUCUGAUGAUGGUACUAUGUUGACUUCACUUGUAUUAAGAAUAAUUAAAUUGAAAAAUGAAGUAAUUGAACAAUUAUCAAUAUCAUAUUCAAAAUCAAAAUUAAUUCUAAUUGGUAGAGAUUUGGAAAUUUUAAAUCAAGAUGAUGAUAAUGAUGAUGAUACUAUAGAUUAUUAUAAAACUUUUAUUGUUUCUUUAUUGAAACAAUUAAAUGAUGCUAUUUUAGCAAAUGAUUUUGAUCAAAAAUAUGAAUGUUUAGCAGUUAUUAAUGAUUUAGAAAAAAUGUUUGAAAAAUAUAAAUUAGAAAAAAUGAUUGAUAAAAGUAUUGAAGAACAUGAUCAAUUGAAAGCUUUAGAACAGAGUGCUCAUUCAUCUCAACAACAAACACCACAACAUAUACCACAACAACAUCAUCACCACAACGGACUACAGCAUCAUAGUUCACGUUCAGAACAUAUCCAUCAUCAAUCAUUGUUUGAUGAUGAUUCUUCAUCAAAUUCAGGAAAAGAACCCCAAAGUCCUGAUGAAACAUUUUCAGAAUAUUCAAUAACUUCAUCUACUCAAUUGCCAAUGGUUCAUUCAAUAACUACUCACAACAACACAAAAAGAAAUUCAGUUUAUGAUUAUAAUUCUCAAAUGUAUAAAUCUACAAUAUCUGAAGAAUUACCUUAUUUAAUGACGGCUUUUAGUUCUGCUAAAAAUAUUAAAGAAGAUAUUAGUCAUUAUGAACAAGAAGAACAAAAAGAUGAUGAAAAAAUCAAAAAAAAGAAACAAACGAAAACAUCAGAAGAUUUAAAUCAAUAUAAUCAUUCACCAAAAAAACCAUAUUUCCCAAAAUCAAAUUUACCUGAAUCUUCAUUAUAUUCACAAAGUAACGUAUUAAGGCAACUGAAUCUUAAUUUCACAACUAAUUCAAUGUUGAAUAAUAAUAAUAAUUUGUUAAGAAAAUUAGGUAUACGACCUCAAAUAAUAAGCGUACCAGAAGAUCAACUUGUCACAAAUAAAGAAGAAGAACUACAUAAUAAAAGACAACAACAUAACAACAAUAGGUUAUUAUUAACUGAAGAAAAUAUACUACAUUUAAAUAACGACCUUCUUGAUUAA